GUUCCCGUGAAAACAAAAACAAUCGGCCGCGCGGCCGCUGGCUCCCGAACGCGGCAAGCGGGGAACAGGGACGCGGGGCCCGGUGGGGCGAGCAACCCAGAGCGUACGCAACGCGCGGGGCGCCGGGCGCCAUGGGGCAGGCGGGCACAGGCUGCACGGGGCUCCGCCGGCGCCGGGGCUAGCUUGCCCGCCGCUUCAGCAGCCCGCGCCGCCCGCCUGGGGGACGAGGAGCAGGACGCGGCCUCGGCCGGGCCCGGGACGAACGGUUGCGGACACCCGGGCGCCGAGGAGCCGAGCGCCGCCGCCGCCUCCGAGAUGGAUCAGUGCGUGACCGUGGAGCGCGAGCUAGAGAAGGUGCUGCACAAGUUCUCGGGCUACGGGCAGCUGUGCGAGCGCGGCCUGGAGGAGCUCAUCGACUACACGGGCGGCCUCAAGCACGAGAUCCUGCAGAGCCACGGCCAAGAUACUGAAUUAUCAGGGACGCUUUCACUUGUUUUGACCCAGUGCUGUAAAAGAAUAAAGGACACUGUUCAGAAAUUGGCCUCUGACCACAAAGACAUCCACAGCAGCGUUUCUCGGGUUGGAAAAGCCAUCGACAAGAAUUUUGAUUCUGACAUUAGCAGCGUGGGAAUAGAUGGCUGCUGGCAGGCAGACAGCCAGAGGCUUCUGAAUGAGGUGAUGGUGGAACACUUCUUUCGACAAGGAAUGCUGGAUGUGGCUGAGGAGCUCUGCCAGGAAUCUGGUCUUUCUGUAGACCCCAGUCAGAAAGAACCAUUUGUGGAGUUGAAUCGAAUAUUAGAAGCAUUAAAAGUCAGAGUUCUGAGACCUGCUCUGGAAUGGGCGGUAUCAAACCGAGAAAUGCUUAUAGCCCAAAACAGCUCCUUGGAAUUUAAGCUACACAGACUGUACUUUAUUAGCUUGUUAAUGGGUGGAACUACAAAUCAGCGAGAAGCAUUGCAAUAUGCUAAAAAUUUUCAACCAUUUGCCCUAAAUCAUCAAAAAGACAUUCAAGUUUUGAUGGGAAGCCUCGUAUACCUGAGACAAGGGAUUGAGAACUCACCAUAUGUUCACCUGCUUGAUGCAAACCAGUGGGCUGACAUCUGUGACAUCUUUACACGGGAUGCCUGUGCCCUCCUGGGGCUCUCUGUGGAGUCCCCUCUCAGUGUCAGUUUCUCAGCAGGUUGUGUGGCGUUGCCAGCUUUAAUUAACAUUAAAGCUGUGAUUGAACAGAGGCAGUGCACUGGAGUUUGGAACCAGAAAGAUGAAUUACCCAUUGAAGUGGACCUUGGUAAAAAGUGCUGGUAUCACUCUAUAUUUGCCUGUCCCAUUCUUCGUCAGCAAACAACAGAUAACAAUCCACCCAUGAAAUUGGUCUGUGGUCAUAUUAUAUCAAGAGAUGCCCUGAAUAAAAUGUUUAAUGGUAGCAAAUUAAAAUGUCCAUAUUGUCCAAUGGAACAAAGUCCUGGAGAUGCCAAACAGAUAUUUUUCUGAAGAAAUGAUUUUAGUUUGCAGUUUGAAGAAAGCUGUGAUAGAUUCCAAAUUUGCUUUUUGAUGUUUUUCUCUGCUCCAGCUCUCACUGAGAAGUCAGCAGACCUGCAUUUGAGCUCUGCUGGUAGCCUGGCUGCCUCUUUAAAAUUCCACCAUGAACUUAGCAGGUUGGUGUGAGAAGUCUUCCGCCAGAACAGAGUAGAAGGAGUACUAGUGUUUCUUUGCUUUUAUUGCCAAGAGGUGCUUGUUUUAACAGUGUGUUCAAUAAAAUGAAAUUCUGAAGUUAGAAGUGUUCAUAAGUUGAUAUUUGCUCUCUUGGUCUUGGGAGCCCUAUUCUCUGAAAUUUGCCUUCAGGAGUUGGCUGUCUAUUGCAUUUGUAAUCAUUGCAGACACGGUGUUUUGUGUGUGUGUGUGUGUGGGUGUGUGGGUGUGUGUGUGUGGGUGUGUACGUGUGUACACCAGCAUCAGACAUUGUGCAUUUGGAAGGGAAGAAGCAUGUUCUAGUCCUAAAAUGCAGUUACCAGAUUCAUUGUUUUAAAUCCUUACGGUUAGGACCCUAGCAAAUUUUCUGUAGUGCAGAAUAUGUUUAUUGCUGUUUUUGUAUUUGAAUAGUAGCCUGUUCCAUGCCUCUCCUGCAGUGCGUGUCAUCUCAUUGACUGUGAAUCUGCAUAUUAUUCUAAUGGAUACACAUAAUGAGUGAUCUUUUCUCUUGUGAGGUAUCUUCGUUUAAUGCACUAUCCAGAAAUAGCCAUGUGUAAGAGUCUUUCUCUGUAUGAUGAACUACAUGGAAAAGACUUCUGUGGACGUUAUUCUGACUUAAUUCCAUUAAGUUACCUUCAUUAUGAGAAGAAUGUUACGGAAAGCACCAAAUAUUUUGCAACUUUAUUUCAUCUGACUUGGAACUGAACAUCACUAUCCUGAGAAAAUGAAAAAAGAAGAAAACGCAGAAUCAAAGAGAACCAUGACACUUCACAUUUUAAACUACAGAGUGACUUAUUAUGGGGGGCAGGGAGAGGACAGGUUUGGUGCUAAUUGGAAAGUGGCAGCCUUUGCAGUAGUGGGCCUGCCUGGAUGGCUUAUCCUGAAAUGCUCACCUGGGAGAGCUGGGUUUGUUCCUAAGUAGAGCAGGACUGCAGAGAGCCCUGCUUGACUCUUGUGAUCGGGCGUAUGUUGAGGGCCGCUGUGUGCUGUGGGGAUUCACCAGGGAUCAGGAUUAGCCUGCUCAGAGGGCUCGCUUUGUCCGACCUCAGGCAGCCUCGCAGCUACCUUUGCCCUGUUUCUGCUUUCCUGUUGGAACCCUCUCUAAGGUUCCCCUUCUCUCCACUAAAGCAGUGAAGGAAGAAAGCAGAGAGGAGCUCCUUGGACGCCAAAAGAGAAGGUAGAGAAUUCAAGACAGUACUCUCUCUGGUCUAGGAUGUAAAACUGGUUUAUUACGUAUUUUUCCUUUGAAUUAAAACCUAGAGUGUUGUUUUUCUUUUUAAUCUUUUUUCUCACUAGGCCAGAUUUAGCUUUAUUUACAACUUAUUCUCACCUUUUCACGUCAGACACCUACACGGCAUUUAGGCUCCACACAAGGUUUGAACAACAUAGACAUUGCUCUAGAGGCUGAUAGAAAAUAUUUUUGGUGGCCAGCAGCUCACAUAGUUUUGUCUCAGGCCACAUUCAAGGAUAAAAGCCAGAGCUCUGCUCUGUCCCUGCCCCAGUGUUGGGAAUCCUGUUGACAGUUUUCUGUGCAGCUCAUCAAACUUUAAAAGGAACAUACUUUAACUGAAGCAUUUGAUUUUACAGUUUCCUGUACAAGGUCCUUGUAGUACUGCUGGGCAGGGUUAGGGCCACAAAUGUGAAACUUGAUCGGACAAUUUAACAUGAAAAUUAUGUGUUAUGACCUUUACCUAAAUGCAUGGACCUAAAAUUCAUUGGUGACUAAAUGUGAAGGAGAGGUAGGUUUGAAGAGGCCAGACCUUAACCAAAGAUGCUGAAAUAUAACAGUGCUCGAGAAACACCUUCACUGAUCAUGUCAGGACCACAUUGUCACUGCGGCUGUGGAUGGCAGCAGUGCGGGGGCGUGUUCGUCAUCGUCCUCUGCCCAGAGCCAGGGUUUUUGCCGUCAGACUAAUUAUAAUAAUGUACGUUGAAAGCAAUUUCAGAGUGGCCUCUUAAACUUGUUUAGGACAUUUCCAUUGAUCGGUCUUGGGCUCUGCUGAACCAGUAAAACCUUACUUGACCCUUUGGUCCUGAUUUAGUGACAGAAUCUGUACUGGUAAGUACCAUGUGAAAUACAGUGGCUAAGGUUUGUCUUUUCAACUUUUCCUCCUUUGUGUGAUGAUCAGAGAUGCCAUUUCUGUUGUUUUAGUGGUGAUUAUAUGAGACUUCUAAUGCAUAAAUGAACGGGUAUUGGUGCCUCUUGAUUUUAAAGUUUUUGAAAAAAAGAGCCAUCUCACAUUCAUAGGGUGUGUUGGUAUUUUGUGAGUGCACAAGCAUUUAAUUGAAAAUAAGAAAGUUAAAUCUUCUGUUUUCGAUUUUUCUGUAGCAGCUGAUGUAUACAGCGACACUGAAACCCGCGCCACAUUAUGUGGGGAAUGAGGAUACUUUCUUUCUCUCCAGGUAGUGCCACAGGUUAUACAGUUUACGUUCAGUCUCCUUUAUGCUGUGAGUAAUUUCCACCUCAGUGAUUUCAGCCUUUGGGAUAGUAGAUACUGUAAAAACCACGAACUCUCGGUUAUCCGCACAAGACGAGCUGCUGGUAGACAUUAGCCCUCUGGUUUCCAGCUCAACCUCUGAUUAAGUGGACUGCCAGUCAGGCUGGUCAGUGUGCUUAGUCAGAAGACUCAGGUUAUUUUCAGGGAAGGAAUGGAGGCUUGGUUGGUUAGUUUCAUCACUAGGAUGUGUAAGGUGAAGACAAACCAAAUACCUUUCAUAACUACGUACAUCAUCUUUGGUAACACUAGAAUUCUGUGCUCUUAAGGGUAUGUUAGCAAGAAACACACACCCGUGGUACUUCAGAAGCCCAUCCAGCUGUGCUGGGUUUUCUGUGGUACAAUAGUGUUUACCAUACGCAGGUACAAACUUCAUGGACUGUUUAUUAAACUAUAAUUGAAUAGAUAAACCAAAAAUCAAAUGACAAGUGUAUUUUAGUAGCAGAUGAGGCAACUAGUUGUAGGGCAAGUUUGCCACUGUUGAUUUUACUUCAAGACAUAGGGAGAGAAAACAAAGUUUUGUUUUCAAGACAUUUCCCUCUACAGUUUUAAACUGUAGUAAGCAUAUGCUUCAUUUACUUCCAAAGAGGCAACAGAAGCUGGAAUCGACUUAUAGCACAUGCUUUGUUUCAUGUUAUGGGUGAGGACCUUCACUCAUUUUAGCAGUCACUUCACAUUCUCCAACAAAGCAGAUGUGACAGUCAUGAGGAUUUAGUGCCUGAUCUUUUCCUUUGGGGAGGGGUAGGAUUGAAUGUUUUUUGGUGAUGGGAGGGAAGCAGGAGAAAAACAUGGGAGUGUGAGUGAGCGUGCAUGUCUCUGAAAUUCACCAUCACCCCCACCUGUGUCUAGCAAGGAACAGGUACUUAAUGUAUUUUGCUCAUGACUGCAGUGUGCAUGUGCAUUUCUUUUUCCUCCUCCGCGUUCUCUAGACUUACACUAAAAGGAUUCAUCAAAUCAUCUUGUUCAGAUGGCUCAGGAUUGUGUUUCUUUUGCUUACCCUGUGCUCUUGGGUUCUAUAGUAUUUCUAUAAUUAUGUAACAAGAAUAGUGUUGCACUGUAAUCUAUUAUAUAGAGCUAUAUGUAUGGAAAAUUUUGAUCAGUUUUUUAAGAAAUGUAUCCUGUUUGCAAAGGCACAAUAAAGUUGCAUAUUAUAGACUAUAGGCAAUAAAGCUAACAAUAAACCUUAUUUAACACACACCAUAUUCAUAUUCUCUGUUCAUUUGAUUUUGGAAAAAGUCUAGACUAUUCAGUAGUUUCGGGGAUUUAAUUUUAAUUUUAAAAGUUUUGAUAUAUUAGAGUUUGGGGAAACUAAGAAAUGCUUUGUUAAUAUGUGUGUUCCUAUGUCAAACACAUGGCUUCUGUGUAUAUUUUUAAAAAUUAAAGAAAUGCACAUUUUACAAGUUUUGUGGAAGCAGUCUGUAUAAAUGUGACAGAGGUAGGAGGGAGGGAGUUUGGAGGUGCCAAUUGUGAGAACAUUGCUGAAUGCAUUUGCCUAAGGGCCUGCAUGUACACAAUUUAAGAAAAUAUCUUUGUCACCAUCUUUUCCUGUUUCUGUGCCGCUAGCAGUGUGAGAAGAGAAAGUGGCUGGGCACAGUCCCGUUUCUAAGUAGGUGGUUGCCUUAGUGUUUCCAGUAACACCCAUCCUAUGAUGGCCAGGAUCUUGUCCUGCAUUCUGACCAGUGUGAUAGUGUCUGACUGGAAAGAGACCCCCCCAGAACAGCUUUGCCCAGGCUGCCAGUGGAGGGGCUGACACCCGGCAUUGCCAGGAAGGAAGAGAGGCUGGAGAGUCUCCUACUCAGUGACAAGCUAAGGUAACAGAGACUAAGAAUCUAUUUGUGCUUUUGUAUAUAUUUUUUAGAGAAAUCCAUCCGAUUUUAGGUUUCCGACCUAUGGGAACCAUUGCGGGUACCACUCAGGCACGUUUGGAGCUUGUGGUCGAGAUGGCAGAGACAAGGCCUGGCAGGUCGGGCCAAAGGUACCACCUAGCCCAGCAGCAUUUGGGGCUCUCUGGGUCCAUAGCAGAUUGGCACCCCCUGAGAGCUUGUGAGAAAUGCCGAAGCUUGGGCCUCAGCGCAGAUCUGCUGAGUCAGAAUUUGCAUGUUCAUGAGGAAACUGGCUUUCCUUACAAGGAGCCUCCUGGGUGCUCCCUAUUUUAUGAAGUAUCCUUCCUCUUAAAUGUGGCAGAAAAGGAUUUCGUGUGCUGAACAUGAGGAGAGCAAUUUCCCUUUUCUUGAUGACUGAGUUCUGAGUCAUCAAAAAAGUUAAAUUUAGUGUGCUUUGAACUCUGUUUUAGUGCAGUUAUUUUAAAAAUCAGUGGAUUUCUUUAAGCAUCUAGAUACUUGAAAGAGUGUUAGAUUUGCAGCAUGAUAAAGUGUAUUUACCACCCCCACCCCACCAAAAUGGGGAAGGACAAGCACCAGCAGUGUAAAAUAAUGGAAUUUCAUAAGGGCAAAAUACUGAAAAUGCACCUAAGACAAAAUAGUAAGCUGGAUGCCCCUCACCCUCCCAGUAGAGAAGCUUGAUAAACAUCCCAGCAAACAAAUGUCACUUCCCAGAGCACAUGCUUUCCUGACAUUUUUCUGGCACCCAGUAAGAAAUGAAUAUCAUAACUGUAUACACAUAAAGUUAUAUUUCAGAAACAAGUUUUACAAAACUGUAAUCCUUACAAUGUGUGAUGCACUGUUGUAUUUUCCAUCUUUUUUAUUUGUUUAAUGCUCAUCAAGACUGAAUUGAUUUCAUGACUAAUGGGUCUAGAUCCACCAUUUAAAAAACCUUGCAUUAAGGGACAAUAAAACAAUCCAUUCA